AUGGCGGAUGAGGGACGCAGAUACCCGAGUACAGUCAAAGGACGAUAAAACGUGUCGGGCUGUUAAAUGCUUCUAUUAUUACUGUGUUUCUCGACAUGCGUCUGAUUGAUACAAUAUUAAUUUAGUGAAAGAACAUCCUUCGAAACCGCGGAAGCUGCCGUGUGACGUUCUUUUUUGUUUCGUGACAACAGUGUUUGGCAGUAGUGUGGUGGGGGUACUGAUUGACCCAGAGCCGCGGCACGGUGACAGCCGAUUGGAUCGUUCAACCAAGAAAGUAAAUUGACAAGAUAAUGACUUGAGGCUCUUGAAAUUACCCUAAUCUAUUUCUGCACAAUACGCAAGUUAAAAAAGAAGAAAGAAAAAUGUUGGAGUAAUCUCUAAUGUGUUUUAAAAGCUCUCAUUUUAAAUUGAAGAAUCAUAAAGAUUUUAAGUACUACCCUAUGCCGCAAUAAUUGGGGGUGAAUUAAGUUGAUACCAAAAAACAAGUUGAAGCUAGAGAAAUGCUUAAAAACGACUCUGAAAAUACCAUGACAAUAUAAUUUAAAAAUCGUACAAAACUAUUACCGUUGCUCCAAAAUACUUGUAACGGGAAAACAAAUGGAAAAUCGCGAUGAUACAAAAUUUCAAUAUAUUCAUAUGUAAUAUAUAUGUAUAUUUCUUCAUUUUAUCUUAAACUUAUAUUUAAAAGGAUAAAAAGUCGACUGCCUAAAAUACUCUGCCUACGGUAAAAUCUCACAAAUUCAUUCGAUCAGAUACUCUCUGUCCGUGCUCAGUUUAUUUUUCUACGCUAAAGAAAAAGUAAAUAAUCGAGAAACGACCCAUAACACAGCAUUUGAAGAAGAAUAUCAAAAGUUCGGUGAACGCUUGAAAAAGUGGCUUACCAAUCAAACUCGUCCAAAUUCAUAUAUGAAUUGUCAAAUGAAAAAAAAAAAAAAAAACAAUACAACGUAAUAUCAUAGUUGAAUCUAAUUUGGGACAACGUUGUAAGACGGAAAACUAAAUACAAACCGAUGAAACAUUUCUCUCGGUGGACAAAAUCGAGCAGUCUCUAAAAAGCAAGAUGUGUAAAAGACAUUUUAAAUAUUUUCAUCACUCGGUACAUGCAACUUCGAAGAGAAAAGAAGCUGAAGAAAAGGGCCCUGGUCUAGGAGUCUGAUGGACUACGGAGGACCAAUCUUUUAAGCCUGGCAAGUAGAAGGGGUUGCAAGACAUGGACGCUAGCGGGUUGGGAGUCGUUCAAGUAUUCGUGGGCGAAUGGAGCCCCGAAUACGAAGCUUUAUCCAUCAAAGCUACGAAACAAACUUCGUCAGCUGAGAUAGUGCAGUGCAUAAUAAAGCGACUCGAUCUCGUUGAAGCAGCAAUGUCGAAUGGUUACGAGUUAGCCGAGGUUGUCGGCAACUCGAUUGGACAAGAGUGCAAAGAGAGAAGACUCGGGCCAACCGAAUGCCCGGUUGCUCUGAUGUUGUUGUGGCCAAAAAAAAAUUCAGCGCAACAAGAAUAUUACAGGUUUUACCUGAGAAAAAGGCAACCUGAUUACUUGUGGUCGGACAGUAGAUUUCCAAUGGAUCCUCAGUUGUUGAAGGAUUAUUUCAACAGAUUUCUAUAUCAGCCACGAGACAAAGAGUAUCCGGAUUUGUGUCAAUUGCCAGAUUUGAACGAGCAGACUCUUCUAGACAAUUUGCGAGCGAGAUUUUUGGCGGGGAAUAUAUACACAUAUGUAGGAAGUAUUCUCAUAGCUUUGAAUCCGUUCAAGUUUUAUCCAAUCUACAAUCCAAAGUACGUAAAGCUGUAUCAAAAUCGUCGAUUGGGCACGGACAUACCACCGCAUAUAUUUGCUAUUGCUGAUGCGGCUUAUCACUGUAUGCUCAAAGAGAAAAAAAAUCAAUGCAUCGUAAUUAGCGGCGAAAGUGGCUCGGGAAAAACCGAAUCGACGAAUUUUCUUCUACAUCAUUUGACCGCCCUCAGUCAAAAGGGUUCGCACGGCAGUGGCGUGGAACAAACGAUUCUCAGCGCUGGACCCGUCCUCGAGGCUUUUGGCAAUGCUAAAACUGCUCACAACAACAACAGCAGUCGCUUCGGCAAAUUUAUUCAAGUUAAUUACAAGGAAAACGGUAUGGUCCAUGGGGCGGUGGUGCAGAAGUAUCUUCUAGAAAAAUCGAGAAUAGUCUCGCAAGGGAUAAACGAGAGGAACUAUCACGUUUUUUAUUAUCUGCUGGCGGGUGCAAACGAGCAAGAAAGACAAGCAUUACAUCUGGAGAGUUGCGAUCGUUACAACUAUUUGAAUAAGAGCGGUUGUUACGGGCUGGAAAAUAUUGACGAGAGGCAUGAAUUCUCAAGGCUCAAACAAUCGAUGGAAAUGGUCGGUUUCACUCCGGAAAAGCAGAGACGAUUGUUCGCUGUUUUGUCAGCGGUUCUUCUUCUUGGGAACGUCGAAUUCCAGCCGAGAAAAUCUUACCACCACCACGAUGAAGCGGUAGGUGUAAAAAAUCCGGAAGUAGUUGCCAUUAUUUCGGAGCUUUUGAGGGUAAAGCAAGAGACCCUGUUGGCUGCACUGACCGCAAAGCGAGCUCGAGCUUCCGGGGAAACUUUGGUUAUAAAUUAUCGUUUACCCGAAGCGAUAGCGGCACGUGACGCCAUGGCGAAAUGUUUGUACGGUGCUCUGUUCGACUGGAUCGUUCUCCAAGUGAAUCACGCUCUACUUUCGAAAAAAGACACUCUCCGCGAUCAUCAAGGCAACAGCAUCGGCGUUCUUGAUAUAUUUGGCUUCGAAGAUUUCAAAACUUGCAACAGCUUCGAACAACUUUGCAUCAAUUAUGCUAAUGAACAGUUGCAGCACUAUUUUAAUCAACACGUUUUUCAAUACGAGCAAAGGGAAUACAGGAGACAGAGUAUUAGAUGGACUGAUAUUGGAUAUAGCGAUAAUUCUGGAUGUCUCAAUCUCAUAGAAGGAAAACCCAAUGGUCUUCUUUGCCUUCUCGAUGAUCAAUGCAAUUUUCCCGGAGCCACCAACGAGACGCUUUUGCAGAAGUUCAAUUCUGUACACAAGGAGAAUCAAUUUUAUCAAGCGCCGCAAAGACGUGAAGCCGCGUUCGUCGUUCAUCAUUACGCCGGCGCUGUCAAGUAUCAGGCGGCAAAUAUGAGAGAAAAGAAUCUCGAUCUUAUGCGCCCCGAUGGGGUUGUGGGUGUUUUGAAAAAUUCGUCGCUGGCCUUUGUUCGUGAACUCGUCGGUGCUGAUCCCGUUGCUGUAUUCCGAUGGGCCAUUCUUCGAGCUUUUUUUCGGGCACAUUUCGCUUUUCAGGAAGCUGGGCGGGCUCACAGACAUGGCAGAGCGGAUGGCAACAAAACUUCGGUGCAGAAUCGGUACAGAACGCCGAACGAGAAUUUAAUAAGCCAUCUUGUGACGUUAUCGGCUGUCAAUCUAACUAUUAACAGAAUUGCUUCGCACAAACAUACUCGUCCGCCAAGCUAUCAGAAACAGCGGAGCGUCUGCUUGCCAGGGUCAACCCAAAUCGCCACAUUAACAGCAACACAAAUCGAAAACAACGACAAUGUUAACAACAACAAUCGGCUGUCUUGGCCGCAAUUUAGAAACGUUAAUCAGACGCAACAACAAACAACCACGAGCGUAACGCCAACCAAGGUUUACGUUUUAAGGGGAAGGGAAGAACAGCCUAAUAGUAAUUAUAAAUUCAGACGGGACACAGCACACACGCCACUCGAGAGGGUACUUCCAAAAGACGAAGCGAACGUCAUGGAGCGUGCUAAUCAGAUUGUCAUGAAAAACAAGUCGUUUCGUCCGCGUGAACGUGGAAAGAAGGGUUUGAAAAAUCUCCAAACGGUAAAAACAUUGGCAGGACGUACGCAAAGUUACGGAACGGGAGGACCAGGAAAAGCGAGGAAACAACCGAUGACGGUGUCGGCCCAGUUUCAGCAGAGUCUUCACAGUCUGAUGGACACGUUGAACCAGGCGAAUCCAUUUUUCAUUAGAUGCAUCAAGAGUAAUUCGAACAAAAUACCAAAUGAGUUCGACGAAGAAACGGUACAACGUCAAUUGAGGUACACGGGGAUGCUAGAAACGGUGAGAAUUCGCCAAGCUGGUUUCAACGUCAGAUUGACGUACGAGGAGUUUAUCCAGCUCUAUCGGAUGUUGUUACCGAAAGGGCUAUUGAGCUCGCAAUCGGAUGUGCGGGAUUUCCUGCUGACUCUCAAUUUAAAUCGCGACAAUUAUCAAUUGGGCACGACCAAAGUAUUUUUGCGUGAAUCCGAGAAAAUAAAGCUCGAUAUAGAAUUACAUCAGCAGAUAAUAACGAGUAUCACAACGAUACAAAAGUGGUUUCGAGCUUGUCUCGAAAGAAGAAAAUUCCUGCGUAUCAAAAAUGCAGUUGUGCAGAUCCAAGCGUUUUGGCGGAUGUGCGUCGCUCAGAAAUUCGCUGCUUCCCUGAGAUCGAGAAUCGACGCUUGUAUUCACAUACAGUCAACUUGGCGAGCUUACAAAGUUUCCACGUGGUACAAAAAGCUUCGCUAUUCCGUAAUUAUAUUUCAAUCUUACGUUCGUGGAAAUCGCGCGAGGCGCCGUUUCGAAGAAAUGAAAAUGCGAAAGCAAACGACUAUCGACGCUAAUAACGAACGUUACGUUGUACCCCGCGAGGAAUCAUCCAGCGAAAUGAAAUUUGGACAAAGUUUAGAAUCUUCAGCGAGCAGAAAAUUAGAGUUCAGCGGUUCGAAGGUCGAGACCGGGAGACUCGAUAGUACGCUGGAUUCCAGUGUUUCGUAUUCGAAGAGAAAAUUAACCCCGAACAAACGGUACCUCCCGUCGAAUCCCAGUGGUCCCAGAAUUCCAGAAGUAUUUGAGAGUCACCAACAGGAUACGAGCGAACGAAAGGGAAGUUUGGAGAGUUUAGCAAGCUUGAGAAGUUACGAGUCUCAGAUGAGCGUCGAGAGCGGCGAAUCUCAUUAUUCCCACGAGAAUCUGGCGACGAAACCAGUGCCGUGCACGAGAACGAAGCGCGCGGAACAAUCUUCGAUCGUUUCUUCGAACGCGAGUUCUGUCAACACGACGAGCCGUUUGUCCUCGACGAGUCGAAGAACGGACAGCUCGUCGACGGGCUACAGCGAUGGAGACACAGACGGCGAACAACCAAAUGCUGUGCAAAGCGCACCUCCGAUAUUUAGUAGUGUUCCCUCAUUCCCGAGUCCUCGAGAGAACAAAAUUCAAAAUGCCAACUCAACCAACAGCCCGAAUUCAGACAUUUGGCGACGUCGCACGGAUUACACUUGCAAUACCGGUGUUUACACCGAGUUCACGACUCUACCUGGACAGAAGUCACUCGUAACGCGAUCCCCGAAUGUCUCGCAAUACAAAAACUUGACUGAAAGCUUGCUCGAGCAAGCGAGGCUCGAAAAGCUCAACGAAGCGGCGAAUUACAACGUGAGGAUUGAAACAAAUGAUCGUCUCGGUAAACGCGACAGUCCAACGGGUCGUGAGCAAAGAAGAUUGAGUGACAAUCUCGUGGCGACGGAGCGAUUAGAAAACAUGACUAAUUCACCGGCUAGAAGAGAUCACACCACUUUUACUUCCGGCAAAGAAUCCAAAAGCGACUACAACUUUUUGCGACGACAAAAUUCCGAGGGCGACACUUCGAUCAAGAUAGAAUCUCCUUCCUUGGAGGAUAGAAAUUCCGGGAGAAAAAUAGUCAUUGACAAAGACACGAGAUGUCGAGAAAAAAUCGAACCGGACGUGCCCGUUAGAAGCGCCCGAAGGAACAGACCCUCGCGGGAAAUGCAGUGCCGAUCGAUGGGCGAAAGCGUCUCCGAAACUGUGCCAUCUGAAUCGAGAAAUAUUUUUUUGGGCACAAUCAAAGAGAGCGAUUUGAACAAAACCACGAGCAGCGUUCCUUGGUCGAAUAAGGAAAAUUCGAACGAGCUUGUCUCGAGAUCCGUCACCGAUUGGCCCGUAAACAAACAAGAGUCCGUUUACAAGAUUCAACAAAUUGGCAAACGCGUGAGAUCGAAUGCUAUAACGACCUUGGAACUGCGACGCAGAAAUUCAGAUCCUGCGACCAAAGUUUCCGCAUUAGGCGAGGAUAAGACUGGUCACGACACGAGUCCCAACGAUUUUAAACUUGCGCCGGGCAUGAACCUUCUCGAAUGGAAAGGCAACAAUUUGUUCACUCUCGCAGGCCACCGUUUUCGUAAAGUAGCGAGAUUCGCUAAGGACGACGUUUGCGUUUGUUGUCACGAAAAAAUGGACGCUUUCGUAACUCAAGGCUAUAAAUGCGUAGACUGUAAACAACUUUAUCACGUCAAGUGUAUACAAAAUGGCGGUGUAUUGAAAAUGCCCUGCAUACUCGCGAACACUCCGAACAGAAGGAAAAAUCGUAAACCAGCUAGAACUCCCUAUGAUACGGCGAAACAAGCAGUCGUUUCAAAAUUCAGUUUGACCGGAACUUCAGCCUUUUCCGACAGCACUGACAAAAUCAUUUCUGACGCUAAAGAACUUGCUCUGAUGCAGGAUUUCAUUACGAAAAAAAUUUACAUAAUGGAAGGCCAAGAAGAGGGCAAAAAACCGAGCGAAGUCGACCGCGUUUUUAAGCAAGCACUGAGAAAGUUCAAAGACGAUUUGGUCAUCACUUACAGCGUCGCCAUUCAACAAGGCGUUGAGGGCAACAUUAAGUACACGGAUUUAAUUGCUAACUUUUUACAUGUCAUGGAAACCGUUUGCAAACAAGAAAACACCAGGGAAGACUUCCCUGUUACCAUGGGAGUUAACGCCUUCAGAGGUUUUAUGAACGAAUUCAUGACUCUAGUCAAGACCGAAGCACCGGAAAAACAAAGCAAAAGCAAACGGAAAAAGGAAAAGAAGAGAAAACAGGAGGAACCCAUCAGACAUGGAAAUCAUACCUUCCAGCUGACUAUUAUUAAUAUUCCUACCGCCUGCGAAGUUUGCACUUCAUUCUUCAUGUGGCCCAUUGAGCGAGGACUUGUUUGUCAAAAUUGCAAACUGACCUGUCACAAAAAAUGCUACAUGCGAGCAUCGCCGGACUGUGGAAAAGACGGAUCUCUGAUCGAAAUGAAUUCUCGUAAGGUGUUCGGAGUUCCGUUGUACAAAUUGGAUUGUGGUGAUGGAAAAGUGCCGUUGGUGGUGGAUCGUUUGAUAACGACGAUCGAGAUGCACGGCUUAUAUACCGAGGGAUUGUACCGUAAAAGUGGUGUGAGUUCUAAAGUGAGAGAAUUAAAAAUGAAAAUGGACGAGGGUGAUUUGGAGAAGGUGGACUUUGAGAAUUACCAAGUGCAUGUUCUGGCAGCAGUGCUCAAGAGUUUUUUCCGUGACAUGCCAGAGCCUUUGCUGACGUUCGAGUACUAUGACGAUUUUCUACACGCUGCGAAUUUGACGGAUCCCCACGAUCGUAUAAGCACGUUAUUCGCGAUAUUAAAAAAAUUGCCAAAGCCGAAUUUCGAUCUGAUGGAACGUUUGAUCGUCCAUUUGGCGAGGGUAGCGCUGCACGAAGUCGACAACCGUAUGUCUUCUUCGGCGUUAGCCAUUGUUUUCGCUCCUUGUAUAUUACGCACGAACCGAACACUUCCGGCUCAAGAUUCCCUCCAAGACGUCGGAAGACAAACCAAAUGCGUUGAAACCAUCGUACAGGAAAAAUUACGCGUUGUCAGAGCUACUCUCGCCGAUAUAAAUACUUUGGAGUCGGCUUGUCACACGGCUACUCAUCGAUUAUCCAGCUUGAGAUCUUCCAAAAUCUUCAGCCCUGAAGAAUUGAGCGUCGCAACUGCUACCACUGCUAAUCGGUGUGGUGCCAACGAACGCGGUGACGAAGAAGAAGCACUUUUGGUCGGGCACAUCCAGGAAAUCCAAAAAGAAAAAGCUCUGCUCACCUCGACUCUGCCCAGCCUGACCAGAGCCUCCUCCGAUGAUGAUCUUCUCUUGUCAGCUACGGAUCUCGAUGACGGAUCUCUGGAUGAUCUUUUGCCAACGUCUGCUGACGGACUUGUGCGAAAGAAGAUAAUCCAUCGACAGAGUUCGAGUGACAAUUCGUUUCCUACAAUAAUAAACGUCGACGAAGAUAUGGUGAUGGUAUGACCGGAUCGAUCAUAAUAUGGAGAAAACGAAGAUUUGGAAUGGAAGAUCGAAUCGACGUGGACGUGAGACGACGCCGAUCAUGAUAUUCGUCAUAAUCAUCAUUGUAAUAAUCUCCGAAUCGAGCGGAAAUUCAGGACCCUCGAUCAAUACCGCACGAGUUUCUCGACUGAAUCGUGUAGUUAUUAAAAAUAUUUUUCUUUCUCUAUAGCUGAAAAAGCAAGCAAAGAAACGAAACAAAAGAAAUUCAUGCCACGAAUUUCUCGUAGCGUGGAACGAGCGAACUAUCGAUUUGAACUGAAAAAAAAACUAUUUUGGUCCAAACGAUGAUCGAUCGAUUGAGAAUAAAUAUCGUCGGUUGACGUGAAGGGAAAAAACGUUCCUGAAUUGCGUUCUAUUCACGAGAUGAUUAAAAAAUCGUGCGAUUUUCCGCAAAUCAUCCUAUAAAUUUACAUUGACCCAGGCACACACACGCGCGUGCGCGCGCGCGCGCACACGCACGCAUAUAUAUAGAGAAUUAUAUAUAUAUGUAAUAUACAUACACCAAACUUCCACUCACGAAUAUUGUUUAUCUCAAAGAUGCAUUCCUUAUCGAAGACUGUUCGUGCGUGUAAAUGUCCUUUCCUCCCUCCUUUGCGCAGGACUUUGUACUCAAAUAAGCCGGAUUAAAGAUGGACAUUUUGUCGUCUAUUUUUCGUUCUUGCUCAUGAAUAUUUUUCAUUUUUCACGAUCAUCGAUUGAUCUCGACUAUACAUAUACUCGAAAUUCUUUUCGAUACGAAUAAUGUGUCUCUUUUUUGCUACUAUUUGGAAUAUUUUAAAAAACCAUUUAUUCGUUCGUUUAGUUGAAUAGCGGGCGAGAGAAAUUGAUUUUUCGAUCGAAUCACGUAAUAACGAUAUAAACGAAUAAUAAAACAAGGAGAAAUUGAAAAUUAGGUAGCAUCGUCCGUAUGAUUAUUUUAAUAUUAUUAUAAUUAUAUAUAUUUACCGAUAAAUGUAUAUAAAUUAACGGUACGAGAGUGCAACAGCAGAGUAUUAUUUUUGUUACGCGAUUCCACAUAUCGCAACUGAUCUUUAGAAAAGCAAAAAAAAAAGAAACGGAGAAAUAAUAAAAAAGGGAAAGAAAUUUCAUUAGGAACGUCAGAGUAACAUAUGGAAUAAGUUGGCGGAAUUUCGAGCCUAAGAAUCUCGAGUUUUGGAGGCUCUUUUCUUUGUGCUUUUUUCGUGCAAUUGAGAUUAAUGCCCCACUUGUAAUACGGUAGAAGAAACAAAAAGUAAUUAGACGACAAAGGAAAAAUGAGGACGAGAUUUCGUUCGUGUCAUUGUUGUUCCACCUUGUUUUCUUUUCUUUCCUUUUACUGUGUAUAGCGUCACUCUCUUUGACUUGAAUAUCUUUAUUAUCCUUCAACGGAUUAAACAGUUGAUAUAAUUUAGAAUAUCUCGAGUUUCCGAGUUGAGAAACAGAUUAAAUCAAUAGGGGUUACAAGAAACGAGAAAAACCAAAAUCUUAGUGUGUACAUAUUAUGUUAGAGGUUAAUGAGCAAAACUACAUAACUCGUGAUUAAUCUGUUACUAUUGUUACGUUUAUGAAAACGAGAGGGACAGACGUUACCGAGAUGAUAUUUCUUUUGGUAAUAUUGGUUGGUAAGCGAAAUGAUGUUACAAUAUUGCUGGACGUGUACUCGGUUUUUCGUGUACUACUAAAAUUCAUACUUAACAUGGUUUUUCACUCAUCGACAUUUUUGUUACGCUCGAUCUAUUAAGUUUUUUUACAACUAUUAUUAUUAACAUUAUUGCUAUUAUUUUUUACGAAAUCGAUGGGAAAAAGGAGCAUUUUAUUAUCUUUGUUGAAAGAUCAUACCUUUUUAUCCCGAACCGAAACAACACCCACCUUGUUUACCGGCGAAAAUAACUUUUUAGUUUGUUUUUUUUUUCUUUUCUUACUCAUAUUUUCGAGUCACAGCUUUUUAUCGACAUUGGUUUUAUGUAUUUCUUACAUAACUUCGAUUUGUGAAUUUGUCACGUAUCUUAUUCAAGUUCUUUCGUCGAACGAGUAACGAGGCUCUGAAAAUCUUGUAAGCCAGGCGAAAAGUGCCCUAUGAGUGCACUCUAAACAGGUCUUCUUUCUUCAUACUUAUUUAUUCUUCUCAUCACUUUGUCUAGUACUUUUUUUAAAUAUAAUUAUUAUAUAUUUUUAAGUAUAUUUCGAAAAAUUCUGCCUCCCUGGCUAACUUUUUAGUUCCUUGAAACUGGUUUCGUAAGCUCACUCGACUGGAUUGCAUUUAAAAUCUAGAAUAGAAAAGGAAUUACUUCAAUUUCGAUCUUGAAGACGUUUGUCAAUGACCCAAUGGUUGUUACUCCUUUGCCUCGAACAUUGAAGCAGCUUUACAAAUUAAAAAUGAAAAACCUAUGGAAAAUUUGAUUUUUUUUUUGUAGUAAAGUGAAUAAUAAACUUUUUUUUCACACAAAAUGCACGUUUUUGAAUCAAAACUCGUUUUCAGUAGGUCAAAUCUUUUGGGUGGAUGGAGAACGAAAAAUGAUUGCUUCUAUACUCGUUCGAUGCAAAUAACCCGAAAAAUUCCAAAAACCGGUUGAAGUCUAGAGAAACUUCGUUGUUUUUUUUUCUCAAUUGUAUGAACAUUUAACUUUCAACGAUUGUUAUGAGAAUGAUCGACGAAUUAAACAACAAAAUGUGCAUUCCUCAACAAUUGCGUCCAUUCGAAUCGUUAACAAUAUUUCAGCGCUUGUUCCAUUGAAAAUCGAUCGAAACAACAUUCGAUCAGAAACGUACACGUGUUGAAAAAUGAAAUUCUCGCGAAUUCCGUUACUCCCCCUGUCCAAAUGUCUACCAAAAUAAUACUGGUAUAUUUACAUUUAUGCAGAAGGAAACAAGAGCUUUGACGAUCAAUAGGAAAGAGAAAAAUUUUUAGUUUCGAUCCCGACGGACAAACAAUUUGUUUUGUUUUCACAUUAAAUUGCGCGAAAUAUCGUCUAAAAAAUGUUCAUCAAGUGGAUCAAGACGAACUCAACGAAUCGUUCAUAAAGGCCACGAAAAAAACGAGCCAUCUCAUUUCGUCAUUAAUUUAUGUUCAUUACUGAAGUGGGAGAGAGUAAGAGAAAGACGAAAAGAAAGAUGAAACAACAAUGAAACAAUUGCACGUCAUUUCUGUACAAUGAAAAAAAAAAUGGUUGGUCGAACCGUGACGAAUAUAUAUUUUUUUUUAACGCUCGACGCUGCCAAUUUUUUAUUAUUUUUUUCUCCUAUUUUUACUGACUACACUAAUUAAUUUUUAAGCCCAUGUACAGACGAAAGAGUCACUGUUCAUGACAUUUUCAUCCGUUUUUACGCAUCAUUCGCCCCCCCUCCUACGCCUCCUUUCCCUUUUAGUGUGAAUAGCCAAGCGCCCCAGUGGUCAAAAUCUUUCAAUAUAUGAAUAUUAUAUAUUUUUUAAUCGAACGUUUUCUUUUUACGUCGUUGCAACGAUUUUUUUUUAACGAACAAUAAAGAAUGGUAUCCGAAUAGAUCAUUUGUUUUUCUUGUUUCUUUUUCUCGUCACUUUUGAAAGAAAUUUUCAUGAUAAUGUUAUUGUUUGGACUCUCAGUUGACUUAAUUUUUUUCCACAAGAGUCCAAGCAUUCCCAACGUAUAGCCAAAAAAAUGUAAUGGAUUCGAAUUGCAUUAAAAAUUUAAUUGAUAAAUAAAACAAGUUUGAUAACAUCGUUUAAAAACAGUCAGAAAAACGAAGUUUUUUCUUUUUAAGGCAAAGAGAAAAUUAGAAUUGAAAAAAGGCUCAUUCUUGAUGGAAAAGAUCAAAUCCAAAAUAGAAAACAAUACGAGAAAAAUAUUUUAUUCCCACCGCCGCGGUCGUUCUACGGACAGACUUGUCAGAGAAAUUCGAUCACUCGAUGUUUUGUCUUGUUUUUUACACUCCUGUCCAUUCUCAUGAACCCAACAUUUUACAGUUGACAUUCAUUUUUAAAAAUCCCCUGAAAAAAAGCCAGAAACACGGUAACCGUCAGAUAACAAAAUUCUUUCUGCUACGACUUUUGACUCUCCAGCAUCAAGGGCAAUGAUCGAUCUGAAACGUAAAAAAAUCAACGGGUUAUUCAAGUUCACAAAGCCGUUGAGCGUCGUCAAUUUUGAAAACCAUUUAUCAAUUACAGCGACGACGAAAUGAUAUUCGAACAUACGAAAUUUGUAGAAAAAGUCGUAAAUUUUUGUGACUCGAAAAAUGGUGAUCUGGAAACCAUAUUUUUCUCGCAGUCUUUUGAUUCAUGGACCUUCGCGUCAAAGAAUGUAUUUUUUUUUUUCAGAUUAUCGUUUCGUACAAAAUGAAGUCGGAGUUUGUACAUUUUUCGCGUUACCAAGCAGGGUUCUCAAUCUUUCGAAUUAUUUCGUCGAUUUUAUUCCAUUUUAUUUUUUGCUCUCUUUUCGUUCUAACGACUCACCAAUGUACAAUAGUCUGCAUGCAACAUAUGAACGACACGCGGAUUCAACGAGAACAAAAGAUCCGUUCUACUCGCCCCACCUCUCGGAUUGUUAGGGAAAGGCGGAAUUUGUUUUUUUUUUGUUUUUUGUUUUUUUUUUUCUUUAUUUUUCAUUCAGUACAACCGAGACAUCGGAGCCAGGGUGCAAAUCCCACCUAUGCUUUUGGCCCCGCCGCUGUAGAAUUUAGGUCGUUAUGAUACUUCCGCGUUGUCUAUUAUUCAGCCCUCGCUUUAUUUAUACAUAUUUUUUCCCUCGUUAUUUUAAUCCUGAGAAAAAAUUACGCAUGGAAAAAAAAAACCAUUAAUUGUUCUUCCCACAAUCGUUGCUCAUUUUUUCCCUCCCAAACAAGAAUCAAAACUAUGCUGUUAAUUGAUUUUUUCUCGACCUCUGAUCCCAUAUUUUAUUCUGGGCUCGGUAUUUCUUAACAAUUAUUCUUCACAAUCGUUCGAAAAAAGCGGCCCGAAUAGCCCAGAAAAAGUAUCCUCAAAAAUUGAUCAUGAAAUUUCAAAAUUUUACGCCUCGAGGAGCAAUUUGUUAAUGUAAACAAAACUUUACUCGACUCCACGAUGCUUCCCGUCGUAGUGCAAGAAAUGCUUAUUCGAGCCAACAAAUAAAGUGUUCCAAUCAAUCAAAUUAUCGUUCGAGCUGAACGAAUUUCAUUUUGUUCGUCGCACGAUUUGUUGUUCCGAUAGAAAACUUUGUUGAAUCACCAAUUUUUAUCUCAGUUUAUCCCGAUCAAACGGCAAUUAGAUGCCGAUUUCGAUUGAUCUCAACGCCGGCAAGUUCUUCAUUCGUACAGUUUUACAACUUUUUAAUAGCUUUUUUUCUAAAUUCUAUUAUUAUCGUAUUUACGAACUGUGUAUAGUGAAAUUUAUUCAUCGUUGUAUAAAUAUAUUCAUUGUCCAAGUAUAAUCUCAACUAUUACAAAAAAGAAAAAACAAAAAAAAAAACGUGAAAAACCAAAAAAGAAAAAGAAAACAACAAUCAGUGACGAUGAAAAUGCUGAAGUAUUUUAAUGAAUAAAAAAUACAAAUGAUUCUCUCGUAUGAAUAUUGUAGGUGUAAAAUGUAAAUUCUUACGAUGUACAUACGAACGCAUACGCUUGAAUUGUCCUCGAGACGUUCUACGAUCGGUCAUAAAUCAAUGAAAAGACUUUCAUUUAUCUAGUAUUAAAUAUUUCUUUUCGUCGUAGAGAAAAAAAAAAAAAACAUAUUUUUUCAAACAAUUCAACAACCGUAGGCGGUUUAUUGGUGUACGAGAUCGAAUGGCUAAAAUUAUUUUCUUCGUACGAAAAAUUUCGAUCGGUCUGACUGUGAAGCGUUUCGAAGUUCAGAGGAUGAACUUUUGUGCAAGGCAAGAGGCGUGUAGCUUUUUUUUUUUAGUAUUGAAAAUUCGUUAAAGUGCUUACAGUUCACUAAAGGAUCACUUUGCACCGGGCUCCAGACAGACGACGCUUCUUUUUAUCUCGUCAUACAUAAUUAUGCACACGAGGAAGAAAAUUCUCGACAGUUAUUGGCAAAUUUUUCGAUAUAUCUCAAAAAUGUUAAAUUCGCGAGUCAUUUAAAAAUGAUCGUUCACUCCGCGUCAUUCCCGUUUGGUCAUUACAAUGUGAUAGACUCCGUAAAAAUAUACGCGAUUUUCAAUCAAAUACCGAUACGUUUUUUAAUUUUUUUUUUUUUUCUUUCAUUGGCAGAUUUUUUACUGAAAAUUUUUUAUUUAUAAGGAAUUAAACUUGAAGCUUCGAAUCGUUCAAAAUAAUGGAAUGUCAGUGUAGAAGAUUUUUUAAUAUUAAUAUACCAUUCCGAAUGGAGAAUUUCAAAGGUCAAAGACUCGUAGAAGUUGCAAUAAAGUCGUUACAAAGUUUCUCAUUAAAAAUGGCCAAUAACUGGACCGUAUUCCAGCCCCCAGUCUCCACCUCAUUAAACACCCCCGGAGCUCGAGAACACUCCCUCGGUCAAUCACUCGUGCUGAGAGAUAUUGAAGAGUGAUUUGAACCUCAUAAAAGGGCUGUCUGAUCGAGCGCCACGUCUGGAGUGUCCGGAGUACGAAACAAAAAGUGCGUUCCCCCCGGAGAGACUCUCCCUUUGAGCCGAGAACUUGACAUUUCCCCCUUCAAAAUUCACCCUUAAUCCUCGCCGAACGUCAAACACAACUCGACACAUUAUGGAAAAAUUCCUUCCACGAAAACUGAAAUUCGCAUUUGUCAACACAUUAAAGUGUUGACAAAUAUUUAUGAGAGAAAAAUCUAAUUCAGCGAAAGUCAAAGCUUUGAUGAUUGUUCAAUUCCCUUGUUUUCCCUAUUCACAAGCACAAUUCAAUUGAAACUCGAUUACAUUGAAGCAAACUAGAAUAAUCCGCCGUUUUUACACGUUGUUUAUAUUCUGCCCACUGAAAAAAUUGGUUUGUGUGUAAAAUCGAUCGUCUUCGACUGGUGCACAUUUUCAUAGUGAAAGUCGUAUUUGCUGAACGAAAUAAAUCGCUCAAACUUACGUAUUCCAAUGAAUAAGGGUUUUUUCUAUUAUUUAAAUCUUUUCAUCACGCACGAAAAAAUUCGUUGAUGUAUGUAGCGCGAAAUUAAAGCUCGACCAUAAAUUUUCUUAGCAAGCACUUCCGGUGUGUCGAGAGAGAAAAAAAACAGUACAACUAUACCGAAAAACUCCAGGAAUGAAUUGGUGCGGUGCAACGAGUUUUCUCGUAUAUAAAUCAAAUUAGAAACAAAAUUGUAGCAUUGGGAGAGAGCGAGAAAAUAAUGAAUGGAUGCGAAAAAAUUUUUAAAAAUGAUUAGCUAAAGAGAAAACUAAAAAAAUUCUGAAUAAAAAAGGGAAAAAAAAACGUAUUUUUUAAGGCCCCCAGUUAACAUCGAUUAAAAAAAAACGUCGCGAUAUUAUGCUCUUCCCGUUUGUGUCUUGGCGUUGAACUAAGCACGAUAUAUAAAUAUAUGGAUAAUAAUAUAUACUAAAAUAUGUAAUACAAAUAAAUAAUAAAUACUGAAUGUAUUAUUUUUCUGCAGAGGUGCGACGAUGGUGCAUAUGUUGCAAAGGGACUAAUAACUGUGUGUCUGUAUCAUAUAAAUGUACACAUCAACAUUCACGUAAUUUUUAUAUUUACCAACAACAAUAACACUAAUAAUAGUAUAAACAAUGAUAACGGUAAAAAUAUUUAAGGGAUUCUAUACGGUAACGAUUUUCGUGAUAAUUACGAUAAUAAAAAUAUAAAAAUUACGUGAUUAGUUUUUGCAAACGAGUGUGUUAAGGCGUAUCCGGAAAUUCUUCGUGACUUCCGGUUAACAGCGUCUUGUUCGUGUCACGGUUUUUACCCUGCAAUCUCGUAUUCGUUUACAAUAUGCAUAUUUUAUGAGGCAAUAACGUGACUUUCCUCAUUUUUUUUUCUCCUCGCGUUUCUUCUUUUUUUUUCAUUAUUGAAACGAUCCAGAAACGUGCACGCUGCUGUACGAGAAAGAAAGCUCCACUUUGAGUCGCUAUUUAACUAAAAACGACUUGUAUAAUAAAAAUAAUUAAUAGUCAAUAACAAUAAUGGAAAAUGACAUUUGUAUUUAGUUCAGUAGAUUGAUUCACCAUUUUUCUACUACUUUAUUACGAUCGACCGUUUUAUCGAGCCGUCGAACAAUAUGGGAGAAAAUAUUUUUUUUACAUCCCCUAUUUUUCAAGCCCCAUGACUAUGCAAAUCCCAUUUAUAACCGCGCUACAAACGUAAUCCUUCUAUUCUCUCACGUCGUACCGAGUGAUCGCAUGAUAUAACUACGAAAUUCGAUCUGUAUGUGUUGUGCGUGCAUGUUUGUAUGUGACAAAUUAGCUCGAGAUGAAAAAUCUUUGAAAUAAUAAAGGUACUACUCGGGUCUUGAAUCGGAGGUACUUCCCAACGAUUCUUUAAGUUCGAUCUCGUUAAUCGAAGAACUUUAUUAAUAAGCUCUUGAACAAAAACAAUAAUAAUAGUAAUGUUAAUUAUAUCGUACAUUAAAAAGUAAUACAACAGAA